AUGAGCUGCUACUAUAGCAACUACUAUGGUGGUCUGGGCUAUGGCUGUGGCUAUGGUGGCCUAGGCUAUGGCUAUGGUGGCUGUGGUGGCUAUGGUUAUGGAUGCUGCCGCCCACUCUGCUACAGAAGAUACUAUUCCUAUGGCUUCUACUGA